GACAGCAUGAAGCGGAAGGUGCGAGAAAAGUUCCUCAAUAUCUGCGACGUGUCAGUGUCGUCGAGCGUUCGAGAGUGGCUACGUUCGCCAGCCUUCGAUGCACGGCAAUGGGAAGAUGAAGAGCUUCUGCUGAUGCUGCAGACGAUGUUCGUCGAGCUCGACCUACCUCAAAAAUUUAACAUUCCUUUACCAAUCCUGCGCAACUUCCUCUACGAAGUCUACAACAACUAUAACGAAGUGCCGUUUCAUAAUUUCAGGCAUUGCUUCUGCGUGGCGCAAAUGAUGUACGCGAUAGCCUGGGCAGUGGAUCUUCCGUCGCUAAUCGGCGACCUGGAGGUUUUUAUACUAAUCGUCUCCUGCAUCUGCCACGACCUAGAUCAUCCGGGCUACAACAACAUUUAUCAAAUAAACGCCCGCACCGAGUUGGCCCUGCGUUACAACGAUAUCUCGCCUCUGGAGAAUCAUCACUGCUCCGUGGCCUUUCGUGUCCUCGAGGCCCCGGAAUGCAACAUACUGGCGUCGUUGGACAAUGCCACCUAUCGAAUCGUCCGCGAAGGGAUCAUCAGAUGUAUUCUCGCGACGGACAUGGCCAGGCACAACGAGAUCCUCGGACAAUUCACCGACAUCAUCCCGGAAUUCGAUUACUCCAGCAAGGCUCAUAUCAAUCUAUUAUCGAUGAUCCUCAUCAAAGUGGCGGAUAUUAGCAACGAGGCUCGGCCUAUGGAAGUCGCGGAACCAUGGCUGGACAGGCUGCUGCAAGAGUUCUUCAAGCAGAGCGACGCGGAGAAGCUCGAAGGCCUUCCAGUGACGCCGUUUAUGGAUCGCGACAAAGUAACCAAACCCUCGUCCCAGGUCAGCUUCAUCGGUCUCGUUUUACUUCCUCUUUUCGAGGCCCUAGGGGUACUGCUUCCAGAGCUGCAGAGCCUAAUAGUUCAGCCGGUGAGGGAGACAUUGGAAUACUAUCGCAGAUUGCACGAGGCAGCGAAAGACGAGCGACAUCAACGGAAAAGCCUCGCGGACUUGGGCGAAUCGACACUGGUGACUACCACUUCCGGCGGCAAUGGAACGUCGAGCGUGGUGAAGUCCACCUCAUCGCACAGCAUGCGCUCAAAACGUUCCACAGGCACGACCCACUCUCGAUCCCGGUCCACCGACGACGAUAUCACCGAGAACCUGACGGGAGAAGACGCGGAGAACCUGGAGAGUUCCGAUCCAGAGACAGCGACGGAGGUGGAGGUGAGCGAGAAAACGUUAAAGUUCAAGAUCUCGACGGAGGGAACGCUGUCUGGGCCGGCAACAGGUAGGAAAAGCUACCCGGGUAGCCGGAAGGGUAGUCGAGAGAAAUCGUCAUUGGAUUAUCAUAAUCACGACCUGGUCAGGGCUGUCAGGGAGCACGAACGCGAAAGAAAACGAAGUAAAGGAGAGAACCUUGGCAGCGAUCUGAGCUCGCCCGUCAGUGCAUGGUCCGCGGAAGAAACCAGGAUCCUGGAGGAGUUGGAGAAGGACGAAACCGUUCAAUUAGACGCGAAGUUGAACGACCGGAGGAUAAUCGAGGGUAACGGGAACGUGGUGGUCGAGAACCGGCAGAGGAAUAACUUGAAGAAAACUAGUAGCUUAGUAGAGAACGAUCAGGAGAUCAGGUCUAGUCGUAUAGAGAAUCAAAGGGAGUCGGUUGGUCUCCGGUGCUGUUGCGAGGAUAAAACUGGGUCUAACAAUCACAAGUCCAUCUUCUCUAGAUUAAGAAAUCUUACGGAUCGAUUGAGUAUUAGUUUCGACUCGAAGGACCCUCCCGCGCCGAAAUCGACGAAGCACGUGACAAAGGCGCUGAACAAGAGCAACUCGGUGAGCAGCGCGGUCAUGGCGACCACUUCUUCCAGGCACAGUAACUCCAUAGUGGUUUGCAAACGUUGCAAUCUCGUCAAGGCCUCGAUAAAAGAGAGCAAAGCUAUCGCGACGGUGGUGGAAUUAUCCUCGAUGGACAAGCACGCGAUGACGCUGCCAAAGGUGAGAAAAUCGACGGAUUACAAGAACAGAAACUGGAGGAUGGUGUUCGCCAAGGAGAAAAGAUCGUCGACCUCGUUGGAAGCUUUACCUGGCGCGAUGUCGGACAGCUCUUUAUCGAAGCAUAGACGGAAUUCUUCGAAUCCAGAGGGCAAGUCGCACAGUCUGAAAGAGGUGAAGGGUCAGAAGAGUCUAGACAUCGAGUUUACGGAGAUCGAGGUGCAUACGAAGAAGCAGAAGCCGGAGAUCGUCGUGAAGCCUGAGCGCGGAUCCAGAGAAGCUGUGCAAGAAGACAUAGGUAAAAUAGAAAUUAGAAGAAGCUCGGCCAGCAUGGAAGACAUCUCGAAGAUGGCGAAGCAGGCUGAAAGCGUGAUGCUGGGUUCGUUGGAGCCAAAGAAAGCGGAGGAACGUCCUCACACGGGUAGCUUGGACUCGAUGCUGUGCAAGGAAUCGACCAAGUCCCGGAAGAAGCCAACCUACUCCUCGCCAACGACAACAUCGUCAAAGAAGUCAUCGCCAGGUUUGCUGUCGCGGUUCAAGUCAGGUAUGAGCAUCGACAGCACUAGGAGCAACAGCAACAGCGAUUCCUUGCACGAUCAAAGCUCACAGUCGCCAAGCGGUUGGAUUUCCUCCCUGACGGCGAGCUUUCGCCCGAAGAGGCAGGUACCGGAAGUCCCCGUGUCGUCGCAUUCUCCGCGUUCACCGAGUCGAGAAGAGAUCAAGUGAUACGACCUGGUGGCCGAGGACUCUUCCGAGAAACAGUUGUCGGGCCUGCACAGGUGGCUGGCUGAGAAUAUUUUGUGUUGCAACGGUUGAAACGUGCACGCGUUUCGUUCAUCGAUCCUCCAACGAGGGUUGCUACUUUCUCGCGCGUUAAACCAGGCAAAACGAUGAUUAUCGGGGGUGGGGGGAGACGGAGCCAAAGAUCGUUGACGAAGGCUGAAACUAAAAGAAGAUCGAGAGAGAUAUCGCGACACUAGGAUCACGGAACACGGAACACGGAAGCGAAGGAAAUCGAGUAACGAUGAAAAGAGCGUUCGUGUUCUGCCGACAUUGCCGACAAAACCCGACUAGAUUGUAUCGUCGGCCAUCGUCGGAUCACGUCUGUCCGUUAGCUGGAAACGAUUAUUUAGCCCUCGACCUCGCGGGCUAGACGUUCUUCGUAAACACAAAUUUCCGAUGAGGCUUUUCUCGAUCGCAAACACGCGUCGCGUGCGACACUGGGCAGCGAAAUUUCGCGUUUCUCACGCGAAACUCGAAGCAAUUCCGACUCGAUCGUGUUCCUCCGGGUCACGUGUAUCCGGUAUCGGGUGAACGCGGACUCGAUCGUAUACCACCGCUUUGUUCGACUUCCGGGACGAGCCUUCCCUUCGACGAGGAGGUAAAGAGAAGAUGAGAAACAUUCGCACAAAGAAUCUGACUGUUCUGCCACAUCAGGGAUGGCUUGGAAAUUUAUCCGAGCGUAAGAGCUGAGAGAGAAGAGCUGCAGAAGGAGGAAGAUAGUCUCUGGAACGUUGCGCGAGGAUCAAACCGCAAUUGAAAAAGAAAAAAGGAAAAAAAAAAAAUAGAUGUCUUAUAGUACGUGCGUGUAGUAUGUCGAUUAGCUGUUUCCAAAUGUAGCCAGAGAAUGUGUGAGUGUAAUUAACGUUCGUAUCGAAGCCAAACUGUCGAACAGCUGGCGAAUACCAAAUAUAUGUGUAUAUUGCUCCUAAUUAUCGAUCUCCGUUCCGAAGGCAGACUGAAUGAAAGAGUGGGAGAGAGUGUGAGGGUGUGAAAGGGCGGGAGAGAAAGGUAGAUGGAAAAAUUGCGUACGACGAAAUUAAAAUUGUCGAAAUCAGGCGGUGUGAAUCGAGUUGAAAUCGUAGGAGGAUGGAAUAGACGAGGAAUGAAGAAGCUAGGAGGAAUCGAAGCAAGAGGAAAGGAAGAGAAGACGGAUAGGACGGCCUGAGAGAUAGAAGAAGCUGAUAGGCGCGGCAUAUAAACUAUUUUAUUUAUUGUCCAAUUAAAAGAAUAGCCUAAUGAGUAAU